GGCCCCUGACCCAAAGAACAUGUCUCGUAUGUAUAAAAGUGUAAACUCCUAAACCCUAACCCUCUCUUCUUCUUUAGACCCUCCUCCUUCAAGCGCCGUUUCUCUCACCAGUUCCUCUCUAAUUUUCUCUUUUAAAUCAGAAUGGAGUCUCAGAUUAAGCAUGCUGUUGUUGUGAAGUGCAUGGGCCGCACAGGAUCAAGGGGGCAGGUGACUCAGGUCAGAGUAAAGUUCAUCGAUGACCAAAACCGUUUCAUCAUGAGGAAUGUUAAGGGACCUGUCAGAGAGGGUGACAUUCUCACCCUCCUUGAGUCUGAGAGAGAAGCAAGAAGACUUCGUUGAAGUACUUACUCUCUUUCCUGCGGCUAUAUUUCAGUUUUGGCUUCUAAGGUCGGGGCCUUUAUAAGUUUUACUAUGUGAGAUUUUGUUUUAUGUUUAAUUGAAUCGAAAGACAGUAUUUUUGGAUUGUUCAUAUUAGUAUGAAGUUUGGGCUACAAGACUGUUAUUUUUUGCAUGAAAAACAUACUCUGGCAGUAAACAUUUAUCCUAAAACAGAAUUAUGUUUGUGUGGAAUGACUAGUUUGAUUUCGUUUGUGGUUGA